AUGGAAGCUUCGUUGGAAUGCAUUUCCGAAUUGCCUUCCGCAUACUGGGCAUGUGGGAAGCGACAUGCUUCUACCGACGAGUGCCGUCGUGGUGAAUACCCCCAGCCACAACACCGCGACGGCAUCGCCGAUAACUUGCUCGGCCAAGGAAGGGCUGCAGCACACGGAGCCGAGAGCCGGGGCUUGAACCGGAAUGCGCCGCAGGCGCAAGACACUGGCGGUUGUUUUUGCCGGUCCGAAUAUUUGUGUAGAAGAAGUACUGGUUGGGAGUUACGUACGCAUGAAACCUUGGGUGGAAUUCCGACCUUCUAUCGACUGUUGCCCGGAGGACGCAGCGAAACCGAAGCAUCAGAACAUAGCAUAACGACGGACGAAUUCGGAAUCUUGGGCCGUGAUGGUGGUGGAAACGAGACAAGCAGAUGGGCAGAAAACGGUGACUCCCUCCUCGAGAUCUGCAGUUCCAGAACGGAGAUGCGAAGCAGGGUGAUGCGUGAAUCCGUAGUGCCGGCUGGAGGCGAGGCGAAGAAAAAAGGCGGUCCGUUGGCAGAGCAGAGUACCGGUAGUACAUGGUACAAUACAGGCGGUGGUGGUCCCGCUAACAAGACAAAGCCGCCAAUGCCCGUUGGUCGACUGUCGCCGCCUUAUUCAGGGUUUGCAGCUGUCUCUGCUUCUGGCGUCUCGUGGCUGGCCCUUUGCUGUCCGGCUCUGGGUCUCCUUCCAAUUUGGCUCCUUUUCUUCUUUGGCGCGUCGACGGUUCCUCAGGGACGGACCCCUCGACGGAAGAGUACCUACCUAGGUUAA